UCGUGACCUGGAAGUUGUUUUGUUCCUUGACGAAAAUACUUCCUGUUUGGGGCUGAAGGAACGAAAGCUGGAUGGAUGUUUUCUGCUUAGAUCCUAUUUUAAAAGGUGCAAACUGUUCCUAAAUCAGCUGAUGGUCAUGGCACAUAUCACCAUCAACCAGUACCUGCAGCAGAUCAACGAGGCCAUCGACAACCAUGACGGCUCCUUCUGUGCUGAGCUGCUGUCUUUCAAACACCCUCAUGUUGCCAACCCUCGCCUCCAGUUGGCAAGUCCAGAGGAGAAGUGUCAGCAGCUCCUGGAGCCACCAUAUGAUGAGAUGGUUGCGGCUCAUCUCAGGUGUACGUACGCUGUUGCCAAUCAUGACUUUGUUGAAGCCUACAAGUUCCAGACUCUCGUUGUUCAGUCAUUCCUUAGGGCCUUCCAGUCCCAUAAAGAGGAGAACUGGGCGCUGUCCGUCAUGUACGCCGUCACUCUGGACCUUCGAAUUUUCGCCAACAAUGCAGAGCAGCAGCUGCAGAAGAAGGGUAAAGGUCAACCAAGUGAGAUGUUGGAGAAAGCUGCCGAACAGCUGAUGAGCUGCUUCAGAGUGUGUGCCAGCGACAAUCGUGCCGGGAUCGAUGAGUCUAAGAAGUGGGGGAUGAUGUUUCUGAGCAACCAGCUAUUCAAGAUCUACUUCAAGAUCAACAAGCUACACCUCUGUAAACCUCUGAUCCGGGCCAUCGACAGCUCCAACCUGAAGACCGAAUACAGUCUAGCCCAGCAGGUCACCUACAAGUACUAUGUGGGCCGCAAGGCCAUGUUCGAUAGCGACUUCAAAACGGCUGAGGAGCUCCUUUCCUUUGCCUUCCGAUACUGUCUCCCGUCCAGUCAGAAGAACAAGAGGAUGAUCCUGAUCUACCUGCUGCCUGUCAAGAUGCUGCUGGGUCACAUGCCAACCCAUCAGCUCCUCAGGAAGUAUGACCUCAUGCAUUUUGCUGACGUCACCAAAGCUGUGAGCGAGGGGAACCUGCUGCUGCUGAACGAGGCUUUAUCCAAACAUGAGACCUUCUUCAUCCGCUGUGGGAUCUUCCUCAUCCUGGAGAAGCUGAAGAUCAUCACCUAUAGGAACCUCUUCAAGAAAGUAUACCUGCUGUUGAAGACCCAUCAGCUUCCGCUGGACGCCUUCCUGGUGGCUCUUAAGUUGAUGCAGGUGGAGGAUGUGGACAUCGACGAGGUUCAGUGCAUCCUGGCCAACCUCAUCUACAUGGGUCAUAUCAAAGGUUACAUCUCCCAUCAGCACCAGAAGCUGGUGGUCAGUAAACAGAACCCGUUCCCUCCUCUGUCCUCUGUCUCUUAGACGACGUUACCCACAAUCCCCUGGGCCUUGUUAUUGUAGUCUCCUUUUGGUUUUGUAUUAAAACUUUUGUUAAAGAAAACAUUUUGUGCUUUUCCUGACUAA